AUAAGCUUGUUACCAGGGCCCCGCGCACUUGCCAGACUUGCUGAGCAUCCACUAUUAAAGAGAGUGGUCACAGAUUUCCGCAGUCAGCACAGUGAUUGGCCAGAUUUGGCUGCUUAUUUGCUGAUCAAGCAGACAGGUCGGCGAUUUAAAACAAAAAAACAAAAACAGAAGAAGCUGGAAAGACGUGUGGAAAACAUGAACGCCAGUGAGACCAUGACCAAAGCUUAUAUUCAAGGGAGAUUUGGACAGGAAGGUUUGCUGAAAGCAGAGCAAACGUUUGAAAGGAAACGAAAACGACCAAAAUCAGUUGUUGGUGGGAAGAGUGCAGACGGUCAGCACAACAAUGAUGACAGUCAGCUGAAGAAAAAACGUAAGACCGUGAAAACAAAUUCUGAAACAGCGGAUCUUGUAGAAAAUAAAGAACCUAAAACAGAGAAAACAAUUUCUGAAACAGAUGAUCUUGUAGAAUAUAAAGAAUAUAGAACAGAGAAAACAAAUUCUGAAACUGAUGAUCUUGUAGAAAAUAAAGAACAUAAAACAGAGAAGACAGAUUCUGAAACAGAUGAUCUUGUAGAAAAUAAAGGACAUAAAACAAAGAAGACAGAUUCUAAAACUAAUAAAGCAGAUAAUCUUGUAGAAGAGGAAGAAAAUCAACAGGAAUUAUCCCAGAAUAGUGCUAAAAAAAUGAUGGUAGAGAAAAGAAGGAUAAAUCAAAGGACAGGCAUGUUGAAUCAAAGUCAGUUAACAGAAGGGAAACAGCAGAAACCCCUUGAUGAAUCUGGUAGUGGUGACAAGGACAGUGACAGUAGUGACAAGGACAAGGACAGUGACAGUAGUAGAGAUACAGCAGAUGGUCAGAUUCCUGCAGAUGUUGUGGUCUCAGAUUCAGAAAACAUCCUGCAGUCCGGCCACAUUAGUGACUGUCAGACCAGCAGUGAGUGUGUGGUCAGAGAACUCAGGCUUCAGAAUGCACAAGACAAUUUUCUUUCUAGUGAUAAUGAUGAUGAUGAUGAAAUCAGUGAGAAAUAUAAGACAGGGCUAGUACCAGUAUUUUUGACUAGGGCAAAUAAAACAGUGAUAUCAGACCCUUUCUUCGCUGGAAGUGAUGAGGAGGAGGAUUUAGAAAUUACAAUAACUGAUGCUGGUGUCAGUGAUGAUGAUAGCGCUUAUGUAGACACAGGUUCAGGCAGGGUCAAGGCUAAAUCUAUGUUUUACAAUCCGGGCCCACACGGAAAGAGAGGAGCCAGCAGUGAGAGAUUCCGCAGAGGAGCACAUGACAGGCAAAGCUGGGAUAGAAGGGACACAUCGGGUAGAUUAGACACAAGUCACAGAAGCAGGACAUUUACAUAUGGUGGUCAGGAAAAGACAUUUAGAGGUGAUUAUCAAAGUAGAACAUUUAGAGGUGAUUGUCAAGGCAGAGGAAACAGUUUUAGAGGAGCAGCAAGAAUCACAUCCAAGCAUCAUUUGGACAUUCAUGCCAAUAGGG